UGGGCUUUCCAACAGUUAUAGUAUAAUCAUCACCAUGCAAACACUUACUGCAUUCCAAUUAGUCCGGCACCAAUGCAGGUUACGAUCGCUGCUGCCCACAUGCCGCUCGCUAACAAUCUAACGCCUUUGCGUGCAGUGUUUAUCUUCUCCUAAAACCCGCAUCCUCAAUAACAGCUUGUCCCUAGCGUUCGAUACAUUCAAUUGAAGUGUUUCACAGCCUGCAAGUAUGGACUGUUCUGGAACAACAUGGGCAGAGAGGAGAGCAAAAAUCAAACGUACAAAAAUGCACCAUUAACUGCAGCAACUCCCCCUCGUUCCGUUCAAUCCCAUCCGUCGCCUGAAACGCUUAUCAUAACAAGUCCGUGGUGUUGGUGGUCGGAAGCAGCAUAAUUAUAAUGACAAAACGACGAUGGAUGGCCAACCACUUUCGCCAGCAUUCAGCUCUAUCGCUGCUGAUGGCUCUCCCCUCUGCUCUGCCCGUUAGCGUUAGAUAAGGGGUUUGAAUGCUUACCUGCAGUCACAGCUACCCAGUGAGGGAUAGCAGCACAACCGCCCGGCACCAGGAUAAAGCAUAAAAGCAGACGAGCAGACAACGGCAGCAAACAUCACAGCAUCCCGCGCACACCGUGAGCCUUCUCGUUCGCCUCACACUUUUGUCGCGCUAAAACGCCAGUUCCCACCUCAACGACACACAGUCAAACGAGACACACCGUUUUCACUCGCGACGAUUCGGGCCACGGUCAGUUUCUCUUUGGACGUUCCGGUGCGUGUGCAUCGACGGUUACGGUGCGGAAAUUUCACUUUCGUUCGGUCUCAAGCCGCCCUGCUGAAGCUGAAGAUGACGACGGAGCAGGUGCUAAUGGCGGUUGCGUGCUGCUUGCUGCCGGCGUUGUUGCUUAACGUGCACAGUGGUGGUGGUGGUGGGGCUGAUGCUCUUGCCACUGUGGACACUUCCGAUGCAACUGGACAGUCUUUCGGCCACGAUUGGGAACCAUCGUCCGCUGCGGAGUUACGUGCCGUUCUUCGCUCCUUUGCCCGAUCGAAGGAGGAAGCGGACGCUCCCGAACCGGCAGGCAAGCAACUGCCCACCUUCUCGUCGGCCCCGCUAGGAUCGGCCACCCCUUGCAAAUGUCUGCACGGGAUCUGUAGCUGCUGUUUGGGUGUUUUCAGCAUGAACGGGUGCGCCAACCUGACCUACAUUCCCGAGGACUUUGCCUUUGAGUUUCGCAUGAUCUUCAACAAUCGCGUACUGUCCAAGCGGCGCAUCAGCGGGAAGAACCCGAAACCGAUCUGCGUGCAUCCGCCCCGGUUCGACUUUAUCGAGGUGUGUGCCAACUUCUACGACGUCUACUUUGUCGGACGUAACAUGCACGUGUGCAUGGAGAUGAACGGCAACUUCGAGGGGUACGAGCUGUUUUCCAGAUCGUUCAACUGCCUGCGGAUAGGCGAUAAGGGGGUGAAGCUGAUGAAGCCGGGUGAAACGAUUGGAGGAUCGGUAAAUCCAUCUCUGGAGGCCGAGAUCGAUGCUGGGGACGAUAUCGAAGAUUACGAUGAAGCGGUCGUAUGAGUUGGUGCUGCUGCUGGUGAUGUUCACACUUCAACAAUACAUUAUUUCCGUUGCACUUGCACGAA